AUGGGCAAGAUGAAAAAGUCGGGCCGCGGCCGCUCAACCGAUGAGGUCCUGCCGGCUUCCACUCCUCGCGCUGCCGCCGCGGCUUCGGCCGUGAAGAGCGGUAUUGUCUUCAACAAGGACUUUGGUCAGCAUAUCCUGAAAAACCCCCUCGUUGUCCAGGGCAUCAUUGACAAGGCCGCCAUCAAAUCAACGGACACGGUCCUUGAAAUUGGUCCCGGUACCGGUAACCUGACGGUCAAGCUCCUUGAAAAAGGCAAAAAGGUCGUGGCUUGUGAGGUUGAUCCUCGCCUGGCUGCUGAACUACAGAAGCGUGUCAUGGGCACGCCGUUGCAUCGGAAGUUGCAUUUGGUCAUGGGUGACGUCCUCAAGGCCGACCUGCCCUUCUUUGACGUUUGCGUGGCCAACAUGCCCUAUCAGAUCUCGUCUCCCUUUGUGUUUAAGAUUCUGCUUCAUCGUCCCCUUUUCCGCUGCGCCGUGCUCAUGUUUCAGCGCGAAUUUGCCCAGCGUCUGGUCGCCAAGCCAGGCGAUGCCCUCUACUGUCGUCUCAGCGUCAACACACAACUCCUGGCCCGCGUUGAUCACGUCAUGAAGGUGGGCCGCAACAACUUUCGGCCACCGCCCAAGGUCGAGUCGUCCGUUGUACGCAUCGAGCCGCGCAACCCCCCUCCGCCAGUCGAUUUUGAGGAAUGGGAUGGCUUGUUGCGCAUUGCCUUUAUCCGCAAGAACAAAACUCUGGCAGCCUGUUUCCAUUCCAAGAGCGUGCUCAAGCUUCUUGAGAGCAACUACCGCAUCUUCUGCGCCGCCGCGCAACCACCCCGGCGUGCCCAGGGCUGCAGCAAGGGGUGCUCACUUGUUUACUCCCUCGGCCUGCCCAUGCACAAACAACAGGAGGUGCCAGACAAGUUUGACAUCAAGGAUCACAUCGAUGCCGUGCUGACGACCACCGGCUUUGGCGAAAAGCGCGCCAAGCAACUCGAUGUUGAUGAUUUCCUCAGCUUAUUGAGCGCCAUGAACGAUGCCGAUGUCCACUUUCGAUGA